AUGCCCGAGAGGGAGCUCAUCCAGCACGCGGGUCUCGAUAGCGUCGUCUUCCUCCACACUCUUAAACUCGGGUUCAAGAUCUUCGUGCCGAUCUUGCUGCUGGCGGCCGCAGUGCUGUUCCCCAUCAACUUCACGGGCGGGUCGCUGGAGGCGCAGGCGGCGUACGCGGAGCAGCAGGUGGCCGAGGGGAACACGAAAGCGAAGCUCUUCGAAUACUCUGAGAUCGACAAGCUCUCCAUCGCCAACGUGCCCGAUGGCUCUCCCAGCCUGUGGGCGCAUGUGGUGAUGGCGUGGGUGUUCAACCUGUGGGCGCUGUACGUGCUGCGAGACUCUUUUAAGCACGUUGCCCGCAUGCGCCUUGACUUCCUCGCCGACCAGCAGAGGGCGCCCAACCAGUACACUGUGCUGGUGCGGCAGGUGCCAGCAGACCCCAUCAAGUCCAUCCCCGAGACUGUGGAUCACUUCUUCUCUGUCAACCACUCCGAUCACUACCUGCUCACUCAGGACGGGUUUCUGGGAAUGAUGGGCACGCAGGUGGAUUCCAUCGAGUUCUACACGCAGCAGAUUACCGAGAUCAAGAAGGAGAUCCUGCAAGAGCGUGAGAAGGUGGUCAACGACAGCUCCUCCGUCAUGCCAGCAGCGUUCGUCUCGUUCCGCACGCGGUGGGGCGCAGCGGUCGCUGCCCAGACCCUCCAAUCAAAGGACAGCUCGCAGUGGAUCACGGUGUGGGCGCCGGAGCAGCGCGACGUCAAGUGGGAGAACCUGCCGGUGCCCUAUGUCAGCAUCAUGCUGCGGCGGAUCGUUGUCGGGGGGAUUGUGAUCGCCACCAUUCUGGGGUACACCUUCCCCGUCAGCUUCGUGCAGUCGCUCGCUAAUAUUGACCAGCUCGCGAAAGUGGCGCCGUUCCUCGAGCCCAUUCUCAACGUCCCCUUUAUUAACGCGUUCGUUAAGAGCAUUCUCUCCGGUAUCGCGCUGAAGAUCUUCCUGGCAAUCCUGCCAAUGCUACUAACGUUCCUGUCAACAGCGGAGGGGUACACAGCAAAGUCGGGCAUAGACCUGGCGGCCACGGGCAAGUACUUCUACUUCAUCAUCGGCACCGUCUUCUUCGCCAACGUGCUCGGCGGCGUCCUGCUCGACCAGGCCAAAACCCUCUCCCAAAACCCCUCCUCAGUGCCGCAGAUCCUGGGCGACCGCAUCCCCACCAAGGCCACGUUCUUCAUGACGUACACCAUGCUGGACGGGUGGACCGGCAUGGCCAUGGAGGUGCUGCAGCUCGUGCCGCUCAUCAUGUUCCACAUCAAGAACAACCUGCUGGUGCGCACACCAGCGGACCGCAUCAAGGUCAUGAACCCCUCGCCCCUCACGCUCAUCGAAACGCUCUACCAGGUGGAGCUCUACUUCCUGCUGCCCUUUGUCUACUGCGUCUCCAACCCGCUCUACCUGAUCUUUGCCAUUGUCUUUUUCGUCCUCGCCUUCGUCGCCUACCGCAACCAGAUGAUAAACGUGUACAACGCGGAGUAUGAGACAGCGGGAGCCUAUUGGCCGCACUUCCACUCGCGCCUCAUAGCAUCCAUGAUCAUCCAGCACCUCACUCUCAUCGGCAUCUUUGCUCUCAAAGAGGCCAAACGUCCAGACCUGAGUCGACUCAAAACGCGCCCCAAAGCAUCCAUGAUCAUCCAGCACCUCACUCUCAUCGGCAUCUUUGCUCUCAAAGAGGCCAAACUGCAGCGUCCAGACCUGAGUCGACUCAAAACGCGCCGCAAAGCAUCCAUGAUCAUCCAGCACCUCACUCUCAUCGGCAUCUUUUCUCUCAAAGAGGCCAAACUGCAGCGUCCAGACCUGAGUCGACUCAAAACGCGCCGCAAAGCAUCCAUGAUCAUCCAGCACCUCACUCUCAUCGGCAUCUUUGCUCUCAAAGAGGCCAAACUGCAGGUGAGCCCACCUCCACCUCCUGCUGCUGCUGCUGCUGCCGCCGCUGCUGCUCCUGCUCCUGCUGCUACCAACGCCGCCACCGCUGUCACACCUGCAUAUCUGGAAGCGCUGCUCUUUGCUUCGGCACGAUUAGCCCCGAUCUGGACCCGUCGCCGUCUAUUCCUUCCCUUCAACCCCUCUGUACCCACUCCAUCCUUCCCUUUACCCAUUCUUUUCAUACUCGCCUUCCCCUCCCCACCUUCCUUCCACCCAUUCCCUCCCCCUAUGCAGGAGGCGAACCGCAAGGACACGAUCGACCGCACGAUCAGCCCCGACCUGGACCCGUCCUCCUUCCUGGCACGCGCAUACCUGCACCCGUCCCUGCAGUCCGCAUUCCAACUCCUGGAUGAGGAGCAGGACGGGCAGAACGGGGCUGAUGGGGGCGAGGGAGAGGAGGGAGAGGGGGGAGAUGGAGCGGGCAAAGGGGGAGAGAAGGACGGGAAGCGGAGGGAAAGUGGAGAUAUGGGGUCGGAUGCGGAGAAGGAGACGAAGGGGGGUGCUGCAACCCCAGAGGGUGCACGGCAGAGUAAGGAGGAGAGGAGGAGGAGCAAGGAGUUGGAAAAGGGUGGGGAGAGGAGGAGUAAGGAGUUGGAGAAGGGGAGGGAGAAAGAGCCUCAGGUGAAGCUGGUGGCUGUGAAGAGGCAUCCCCGCAGCACACAGGCGUCGCCAGCACCGGAGCCAGUGGUAACCGGGUUACGAGCGUCGAGCCCUCUACCAGCAGGGACUGCUGAGAGAGCAGCAAGAGGGAUGUCUCCUGUGAGAAGCUCUGCUGCGGAGGCGUUCAGCAGAGCAGACAGUACAGACGAGCUGGCGUUUGAAGAUGCGCCUGACUUUUCACCUGAGCGUUCACCUGAGGUUGAUUUGUUGUUGUCAGGUGGAGCGGGAGUGCAGGGAGGGCCAGUGAGAGUACCGUCUCCUGCGACGGCUGGCACGCUGCCUCUGCUGCAGGGGAGAAGCAGGGCUGAAGAUGAUGGGGCAGGUGGGGGAAGGUCUUCAUUCAAUCUAUGA